AUGGCUGUCUCUUCGCGCGCCGGCUUUCUGGCCGUUGCAGUCGUCUUCCAUCUUGUCUACAUUUACUCCAUUUUCGAUAUCUACUUUGUCAGUCCAAUCGUUUCGGGCAUGAAGCUUGUCCAGAUCGACCGGCCCGACCAUGUCAAGGCUCCUGCUGAUCGCUUGGUUUUAUUCGUUGGAGACGGCCUGCGAGCCGACAAGGCCUUCCAGUUUUUCCCAGAGCCCUAUCCCGAAUCCGAGGGCGACCUGGCCCCGCGGCCUCUGGCCCCUUUCCUGCGAUCCCGCGUCUUGGAGCACGGCACCUUCGGGGUGUCGCAUACGCGCGUGCCCACCGAGUCUCGCCCCGGCCAUGUUGCCCUCAUCGCUGGUCUAUACGAGGACGUCUCGGCAGUUGCGACUGGCUGGAAGCUCAACCCGGUCAACUUCGACAGCGUCUUCAACCGGAGCCGCCACACUUGGAGUUGGGGUUCUCCCGACAUCCUUCCCAUGUUCCAGGAAGGCGCCGUCCCCGGUCGUGUCGAUUCCUACACCUACGGCCACGAGUUUGAGGACUUCAGUCAGGAUGCUCUGCAGUUGGAUUAUUGGGUCUUCGAUCACGUCAAGGAGCUUUUUACCGAAGCGGCCAAGAAUGAAACCCUGGAUGCUGCCCUCCGUCAAGACAAGGUGGUCUUCUUUCUACAUCUUCUUGGGCUAGACACCAACGGACACUCGUAUCGUCCCUACUCGAAGGAGUAUCUCAACAAUAUUAAGGUCGUGGAUCAAGGCGUCAAGGAAAUCACGGCGCUCAUCGAGAAGUUCUACGCUGAUGAUCGGACUGCCUUCGUCUUCACGGCGGACCACGGCAUGAGUGACUGGGGAAGUCAUGGCGAUGGCCAUCCAAACAACACUCGUACACCCUUGAUCACCUGGGGCUCUGGCAUCGCUCCGCCGGUGCUCGCAUCCGAUUCUGUCGCUCCGGGGCACGACGAGUACUCUUCCGACUGGAAUCUUGACGGUGUAAAACGCCACGACGUGGCGCAAGCCGACAUUGCGGCCCUGAUGGCAUAUUUGAUUGGCGUGGAAUUCCCUGCCAACUCAGUCGGCGAGCUUCCCCUAUCGUAUGUCUCGUCGAGCAUCGACGAGAAAGCGCAAGCGGCCUUGGUAAAUGCCCGCGAAAUUCUUGAAAUGUACCGGGUCAAGGAAGAACGAAAGAGGGCCACGGAACUGCGCUAUCGACCGUUCCGACCACUGAGCGACACGGAUCUCACCCCCAGCCGUCGCGUGGAGGAUAUUCAACGCCUCAUUGACGCUGGAAAUUACGAAGAGGCCAUUGAAGAGUCAGCUGCUCUCGUGAAGAUUGCCUUGGAAGGUCUGAGAUAUCUCCAAACUUAUGACUGGCUCUUCCUCCGCACACUGAUUACCAUUGGCUAUCUUGGGUGGAUGGCGUUCGCACUCACUGUCGUCGUUGGCUUGCAUGUGUUGCGAGGCAGCCACCCCCCUUCUCAUACGACCACGGGUACAACAGUGUUCACAUCCAUUCUCGCAGCGCUGUACGCGUCUUUUAUCGUUUCCAAGUCACCGGUCACCUACUACGCGUACGGAUUUUUCCCCGUUGUGUUUUGGGAGGAGGUUUGGGCUCGACGCGGUUCACUUGCUCAAGGGCGCCAUGUGCUUUUCGGGCAUAUCAAGACUGGAGGUGGCGUGGCUUCAUUCUUGUUGAACGUUGUGGUUUACAUUGGCGUGAUUGUCUCUCUGGCUCUAGGAUACAUACAUCGCGAGGUGUUGACCGUCAUUUAUGUCUUUGCGGCCUUCUGGCCUAUGACUUAUGGCUUGAGGUUUCUCCACACGAACACGUUGCUAUCUGUGAUCUGGUUUGUCUCGUGCCUCGUCAUGAGUGUGUUCACGCUGCUUCCGGCUAUGAAAUCAGAGGAUAUCCCUCUUAUUGUUGCCGGCGGAAGCGUCAUGGCGGUCAUUGGUCUGGCCUAUCUUGUCUGGGAAGAAAGGCUCCUGGCAAGACCAGCGCUGCCGACGGCGAGGGCCUUGACUGGUAUCCAGGUCGGCCUCAUCCUGCUCGCCAUCGUAGUUACUCGAUCCAGCACCUUGUCCCUCCAGGCGAAACUAGGGCUGCCUCGGGGCAAUCAGGUGGUUGGGUGGAUCGUUCUGGGUAAGCGCACAUGGUAA